CAAGCAGAGAUGGCCCAUACGUGCCGCGGCACCAUCAACCUGGCCACGGCGCACAUCGACACCGAAGACGCCUGCAAUAUUGUUCUGAGCAGUGGGGGGCGCACGUACCAUCUGAAAGCCAGCACAGAGGUGGAGAGGCAGAGAUGGGUCACAGCACUGGAGCUGGCCAAGGCCAAAGCCAUCAGAAUGAUGAACGAUCAGUCCGACAAUGGCCCCACAGCCCCGCUAACACACUGUUAUCAGUCUG